ACGGUGUUCUAAAAAUGGCGGAGUCGGAGGAGGAGGUGGACGUCUUGGUCCAGAGAGUUGUUAAAGACAUCACUAAUGCCUUCAAGAGAAAUCCCAACAUUGAUGAGAUUGGUGUGAUCCCAUGUCCAGAGGCCCGCUAUAACCGCAGUCCCAUUGUGUUGGUGGAGAACAAGCUGGGUGUUGAGAGCUGGUGUGUCAAGUUUCUGCUGCCAUAUGUCCACAAUAAGCUGCUGCUCUACCGCCAGCGCAAACACUGGCUGGACAGGGAAGCUUUAGUGGAUAUCACCUGCACAUUAUUGCUGCUUAACCCGGACUUCACCACUGCAUGGAAUGUCAGGAAGGAGCUGCUGCAGUGCGGAGUUCUUAACCCAGAGAAGGAUCUCUACCUGGGCAAGCUGGCCCUCACCAAAUUCCCCAAGAGCCCAGAGACGUGGAUACACCGGCGCUGGGUGCUCCAGCAGAUCCUGCGUCAGUUCUCUGUUGUGGGCCGCAGCAGGAAGCAGCAACAGCAGCAGGGGGAAGCAGAGCAGGCUGAUGGAGAGAGGAGCCAGCAACUUAGUGACCAUCUGGCCAGGACACUCCACCAAGAGAUGAAGGUGUGCUCUGAUGCUGCCUGCCGCUAUCCCAGCAACUACAAUGCCUGGUCCCACCGCAUCUGGGUGGUGCAGCACAUGGCCAAAGGCAAUUUCAAGGUUUUCCAUGAUGAACUGUCCUCUAUGCGCCUAUGGGUGUCCAUGCAUGUAUCUGACCACAGUGGCUUCCACUACCGCCAGUUCCUGCUCAAGGAGCUGAUCACUGAGCUCUCCCAGACUCCAGCUUCCACCACCACCUGUUCCCCCCAGCACCAGUCCAGCACAGUCCCAAGCGUUAAUCCCCACCAUCACAGCGACACCCAAGCUAACGGGGAGCUGUCAGGAGCAGAGGCAGCAGGUGAGGAUGAGAGGCAGCUCAGCCUCACCACAGUCCUUCACCUCUUCCACCAGGAGAUGGAGCUGUGCUCAGACCUGAUCCAGUCCUUCCCUGGACAUGAGACACUUUGGAGUCACAGGCGGCAUGUCUUUUACUUGUGGCACCAGUGGAGGAGGGAACACCAGCACCGCUGCAGUAACAAUGGAAGCAGUGAGUCUGUCCACCUUAACAACAGCGACCCAGGCCUGACAGAGGUCGGGGCUCAAAGCUGUGCAGGCCGGGGCGAGAGUGUGAACGGACAGAGGCAUGCUAGUGAACCUAUGGAGAUAGACAGGGCACCCUUGCCAGACCCGCGUGACAGCAAGCGACUGAAGAGAGGCGUCUUGCUGCCUGCCCCCCCUGGCCUGCCCUGCGAGCACAGCUUUGUAAGCAGUAUUCUGGACAGGUGCUCUAACCCUGAGCAGAGACGCUUCGCUUUGGCAUACAAGAAGUGGUUAGAUACUGUCAUGGGUCCGCAGCCUUGAGAGAGAAAGAGAGAACAGUUAGCCCCAUCCUUUCUUAACACUGAAGUUGCCUUUAGUACUGUACUGACAGUAACUAAUAGUACUUCAAAUGCAGUAAUGAGUUUAGAGAGCAGUCACUGGGCAGCCGAGGUACUGCUGUAGCCUCCUGACAGUGAGUGGAGAGGAUGGGGAUGAGAUGUUCUUCCUCAGAAACAUCUGGAUUCUCUCAAGCUUCAUCUGAGCCAGUACUCCUUCAGAAUGGAAAUCUGUACACAUAGAGCCAAUGGGUUUGUUGUGUGUCUGUCAGUAGAUUCUGGUCUUAUUUCAGGUGUCUCAAUGCCUCAGGACAAAUUUCCACUGCUUGUUUUAUUGCCAGGAGGAGGAACAAUAUCUUUGCAGAGGUUGAGAGCAGAACAGAAUUUGCACUCAGUCUGACUCACUACAAAUCACUCUUGUUGGACCUGAUUGCAUGGAAUGCCAGAAUAACCAAUAUUAUACAAGAAAUUCUGAAAUAAUAAAUAGAAUACAAUUUACGUGAUCCAAUAGAUUGUACCAUAAUUUAAUAAAUAAUUAAAAGUAAAUUGAUUAUUAUUUACCUCAUCAUUUCUUUUUUCAGGGUAACCAUUUUAUUGGAGGUCAUUUUUAUUUCAAAAUGACCCUUUACAAAGGUUUGUUUUCUCAAGUGAUUAGCUGAAAGCUGAGGGGGUGGGUAGUGGUGGUAACAGCUCCAUCACAAAAAGUGUUGAGUGGGAUAGAUUACAUAUAUUUGAAUUAUAUGGGGAUAAUAGGGGAAAGACUUUCAUGAGUUUUAAUCACUUAGUUUAUUUCACACAGUGUAUUGUUAGUUAUGCCUAAUUUUUUUAUUUGACGUAUUGGCCCUUUUUGGGGUUAAUUAAACCUGUGUAGUAGAAUGGUAUGAGAGUGGUUAUUAUAAAAUGUCAUUCUGGUGGAACUGGAAUACUUUGUUUGUCUCCUUUAGAUAAAUGUGUUGAAAUUCAGUCAGCCCUCACUUACUGCAAUUGUAGAUUUUAAGCACAGCCAGACUCCUGUUUUUCUUUGAGGCUCCUUAGGUUUCCAUUCUGAAGGCAGUAACAUUUAUUAGCUGUCAUUUUCCCUUGCUCCUCUUCUUCUUCUGCUGAUCCUUGGUUGCUGCUCCUAGUUCAUGUCUGUUUCCUGGUGAAUAGAGUCAGUAAAUCUGAACUAUGUAGCUAUGUGCUAUUACAGUAGCUUGCAACAGAAAGCCAAAAAGAAAGUCACUAGCUAAAAGAGUUUUCAGUGUGAAGAUUAGUCUGAACUAACUCUCAAGUCUUACUUUCUGCCAACCUGAAGCACUAAACAAGCAGAGAAAUGUUAGCUUUACCAUUUUAGUGGUACUGAUGUUUGACUUUGAAGGAGUGUUAGGGAGUUCCCCAGCAUUCACUGGUGCUACAUGCUGCUGUUAUUACAACUACUUCAUCUGUUACAGGUGUGUAGUGUGCAACAGGUGAAAUGUUCUGUGGGGAAUUGUUGUUAAAUGACAACAAAACAACUAUUUUUGAAAUCUUAUUAUUUUGCACCAGGUUAGUUAACUUAGGCCAAGCUGCUUCAUGUCAUUAUGUUUUUAGAAAAUAGAAGUAACAUCAAAAAGGUCAAAAUCUCCAUUAUUUCUUUGUGUUUAGGAAUUAUUUGUAACACUCCUUUAAAAGUAAAAUGCCGUAUCUGCACAGCUGAUCUGUUCAGUAAUGUUGGUGAGAAUGAUAGCUCCUCCCUUUACAUAAUGUCAUAUAUAUACUGAGAGAAGAAGAAUGGUAUUCUUAAAUCUGUAUCUAACAAAUCUGAACUCACCUGUAUUCCAGAUAGUUGCCUAGGAAAUAAAAUUGGCUGCAGUUUGAGUAGGAUCCAUCUUUUUGUUUUGGGUUGUUGUUUUUCUCCAUCAAUGACAAUAUCAGUACACAAGUGAACAAAUACAUGAUGUUGCCUCAUCAGUGUCGCAGUGGCAUCCCAGUGGACCCUUGAUGCAGUUUGGGUAACAUCACAUCUGUGAAUAGAGGUUUGAUUUGAUGCUUAAAAUGGCAGGUUGGAGGAGAAAAGAAAUGCUGCAUUUGGUCUCAGUUGCCUCACUGUGCACAGACUGGUGAGACAAAAUAGCCUAGCUCCCCAUUACACGGUCACCAUGUGCUUCCAUGUUACCCUUACCAUGUUCUACUUAUCCUCUCUAUGAUAUGUUAUCACCUCAAAUCACUGUGUACAUGAUCAUAGAUAAUCUUGAAACUAGUAUUUAUGAGCCAUGAAUUUGUUUAAGUUUGUUCAUCAAGAAUGGGUGCAUAUCAUAACUGUAUGGUGGGGGUAUUUUAACAUCCUUGCAAACCUAGAACACAAACUUUGAAUACAAGUCUAUCUAUGCAGAACAAUGUUUUUUUAACGGUUCAACAAGCUUUUAAAAGGAAUAAUGUAGCUUAUGUUUUUUCUAAUUUAUUCUUCAGUUGACCUCAGUGGAGAGUAUGUCCUUAAUGAAUAAUCCCCAGCAUCUCACGAUUCUCUAUUUAUUUAAAGUAUUUUAACUUCACUUUCAGUGUUUUGUCAUCUGCUUACCAAAAAAAUAAAGCUCAUCUGGAAUAAA